CUCGCCGGCGAGGAGUCUUCAGGACGAAAAUGCACCAUGGCAUGAGAGGUCCGGUGAGCGAUCGUUACGGAGUUCAAAACCCGACGAUGCAGGCCAGGAAUGGGGUCUGCGAUAAAAUCGAAAAUUACAUAUCCGAACUGGGUCGAUGGGCGGUAUGGAGAGCGAUAAUAAUGGGUCAGUUUCUCUCGAUAGUGUUGUGCUUUAUGACGCUCGUAAAUCACUACAUAAACACCACCGCUCCCUACAAGCUCUCGCUUCCAACAGGACAAAAUCUUCCGCACUACGUGAUGAUGUGUUUAGUUUACACGACAUGGAUGUCCUGCAGAGGUGUGGGAAAUGAUCUAAUUUCCGUGAUAAGGGCCCGUGGUUGGAGAUAUCUGCUUCUGGCGUUAAUCGACGUCGAGGCGUGCACGCUUAUCACGUCCUCGCAUCAAUUUACCAGCCUCGCCAGUAUACAACUUCUUGACUGUGUGGCAAUACCAGUUGCUUUGGUAUUGUCGUUUCUGGUGUUGGGUGUCAGAUAUAGAAUGGUGCACAUCGUUGGCGUAUCCGUCUGUUUAAUGGGUGUGGGAUGUCUCGUUUGGGCCGGUAUAGACAACAACAAUGAUCCCUCGUCAACUGGAAAGAAUCAACUUGUCGGCGACAUGCUUUGUCUGGGCGGAGCGGUAUUAUUCUCGGUUACGACGGUUCUACAAGAAUUGGUUGUCAAAACGGUCGAUAUUAUCGAAUACCUGGGUAUGAUCGGUUUCUUCGGCACGAUAUUAAGUUGCAUGCAGAUUGCCGUGCUCGAGAGGCUUCAAAUAGAAGCGUUUCGUUGGGACAAUGCACCGGUGAUAACGAUUCUAAUUCUUUACUGCAUCACCCAAUUUAUGUUUUUCUCUCUGGUACCGGUAAUACUGUACGAGUCCGGCGCUACCGCUUUGCAACUGGCCCUACUCACUUCGGACUCGUUCAAUAUACUAGCCGGCAUGCUUAAUCAUUAUUACAAGUUCCACGCGUUGUAUUUCGUUUCAUAUGCGCUCACAAUGAUUGGCAUAUACAUAUAUGCCAUAAAGAGAACACCUAUGUCGACGACCUCACGGACGCAACACAUUGAACCACCUAUUCCGGAUUACAGACACAUAUCUCACCCUGACGUUGGAGAAGUGGAGAUGGCAACGAGUUCCGGGAUGUCCGGUGUGAGCGGCACCCUCGAUAUAAGAGCGUCCACCCUCGGAAGCGAGAGGGAGACAAUGGAUGCGACGAGUUUACCCUUAAGCGUCAGUUCGGACACGGCCUUUACCUCGUUUUACGGCAGUCAGGCGAACUUAAAGGUAGCAUCGAGAUCGAUGCCACGUGUAUCAUCCAAUUCGUAUCUCGACACGAACGCGAUCAGAUCGUCCCGAUCGGGGACGAACUUGACGCGGGUACAAGGUUCAGGCGAUCUCACGGAUAUCCGAGGCAGAUGUAGUCCGCGGGAAUAAUCGAUUUUAAUUUUUUUUAUAGCGUAACCCCUAUCGCCGCCAUGUGUUAACAUGGUUUUAUUAUAUUACCGUGUAAAACUUUUCACAGAAAAAAAAACAGUUAAAAUUCUGAUAAACCCAGUAGAUUUGUUUUUUUCCAAAACUUCUGUAUGGAAAAUCACAGAACUGUCUCUUACGCGAUAAUAAAGCUAAGCGACAAUUAUAAAACUUGUAAACGUGUUACUCUUAGAUAUAUUUCAAAUCGCGAAUGCGCUCGUCGUAACGAGCAGAUCGGAUUUGCAAAAAAAAAAAAAAACGUUUAAAUUGCGUGAUAAUUUAUCUGCCUCUGAUGAAAUUGUUUUUCCCGUAUUUCUUUUUAUUUAUUCACACGUACACUCAAAGCCGGUGUAAAUGAAAUCUAUCGACGCUUUCAGGCUGCGAACGGGAACAACGGUUCUGCCUGUAAUUAAUAAGCGGAAGGAAAACGACUGCCUAAAAUGGAAUGCCGCGCGAAUUAUUCUAUUAUUCAAAAAUACGACUCGAAAAUACUUUCUUAAAAUCGGAUUCUCAGAGAGAAAGAGAAAGAAAAAAAGAGAGAGAAAAAAAAUAUAGAAAAGUGUUUAUAACACAUUUUGUUUAGAAAUAACUUAGUGUGUAAAAAAAAAAACAUUACUAACAAUAAUUAUAUUUAACGAUAAAGACGCGAUAAAAAGAUAACCGUCUUUGUGUUAUAAAGAGUUGAUACGACGUUAAAAUGAAAUCAAAAAUAUAUAUUGCGAAUUAGGAUUUUUAUCAAUACCUGUUUUUUUUUUAAUCGAAAUUUCUACUCUUGUUUCUACAAACGAAUAAACUAGCUCUAUGAGAGUAAAAAAUGUGCCAAAUGUCAAAGUCUGUUAGCGUUCGAUUUUUUAUAGAUCUAGAUUUUAGGUCUAGAAGAAUGUGUGUAAGCGCGAGCGUGUCUAUUACACGUUUUGCAUACACGGUAAUAUAUACACAUUUUGAAUUUUUUUACAUUCUAACACGAAUUAUCUUCGUGACGAAAAGAAAGGUUAUUUACGAGUGAUAACGUACGAGGUCAGCUGCUGUUACAAUGAAUGUUGACAUAUACCCGCAGUGUAAUAAACAAAAAUCGUAUAUCCGCGAAGAGGUUCACGUUUUCAAGCACUUAUGCAGCUCUAGCGCGACUAAUAAUUUAACAAUAAUUAUUGCCCGUAACGCACAACAUUAUACAAGCACAGAGGCAUUUAUAAAUUACACACAUUAAUAAUGAAAAGAAAAGAACCGAUUUGUUUAGCAAAAUUAAUAUUCAUGUAAUAAGAGAACUAUAUAUAAAAGUAUGAUAUUCUUCUAUUAUCACAGUACGAUAUUUAUGCGCGCAACUACAACAAACAUUGCAAAAACUUAUAAUUACUUUAAAACGUCUAUAUAUACUUGUAUAUAUAAACGCAUAUAUAUGAAUAUUGCUCUAUA